UCUGGGGCGGGCUGAAGGGGGGGGCUGCGGCUGGGGCUGGGAAUGACCAUGAGGGAUCGAACGCAGGAACUCAGAGAGGAUGAUGGGAGCUCAGACAAUGAGGAGGCCGAGCGGAUGGUCCUGGUCGUGAAGCCAGGAUCGGCCAAGUUCAAGGAUGAAGGGGAGCCGGUGGACGAGUUCUUCCAGACGGCCCGGGGGAUCCGUGAGGCGCUGAAGACCCUGGAGGGGAAGGUGAAGGAUCUGGAAAAGCAUCAGACCACGAUUCUGGCCACCCCGCUGCCGGAGGACAGCAUGAAGCGAGAUCUGCAGAGACUGCGUGAGGAGAUCAAGGACCUGGCCAAAGACAUUCGGAGCCGCCUGAAAACCAUCGAGCCCAAGAAGGGCGAGGAGGACGAGAACAGAAACGCCAUCAACACCCGGAUGAAGAGAACCCAGCACGGCAUCCUGUCCCAGCAGUUCCUGGAGCUGAUCAACAAGUGCAACACCAUCCAGUCGCAGUACCGGGACCGCAACGUGGAGCGAAUCCACCGACAGCUGCAGAUCACCGGCGGCGGCGUGGUGUCAGACGAAGAGCUGGAGCAGAUGCUGGAGAGCGGCCAGACGGAAGUGUUUGUCUCUAACAUCAUGAAGGACACGCGUGUGACCAAGCAGGCGCUGAACGAGAUCGAGACCCGGCAUGACGAGAUCCUCAAGCUGGAGCGCAGCAUCCAGGAGCUGCACGAUAUGUUCACCUACCUCGCCACCGAGGUGGAGCUGCAGGGGGAGAUGAUCGACCGGAUUGAGAAGAACAUCCUGGACUCGGAGGAUUACGUCAAGAAGGGACACCUCCAUCUCAGCUCGGCCAGGGAGAACCAGAAGAAAGCCCGCAAGAAGAAGUUCAUGAUCAUCAUCUGCCUUUCGGUCGCCGUCGUCAUCAUUGUGAUUAUCAUCGGAGUGGCCAUCGCCACCGGCUAGACCUGCGUCCGGUUUCCACCCCCUCUCCCCCUGCUGUGGGGCUGGGGCUUUCUGGAUUCGUGAGCACGGCCCCGUCUUCCAGCAGAACCACUGCCCCCUGCUGGGAGGUUUAUGCACUGACGGCCGGAGCGAACGCCGGGUUUAAAUCCUGCUUUUUAAGCACAAGCCAGCCCCCUCCCGUCCAGAACGGUUUCUAUGGACUCCUCGCAUCUCUUGCCUUCGGGGUUGGGGUGAGAUCCGCCCUGAAGAGCCUCUGAUUUUCUGAGGUCUGUGAAUUUGUGGCAUUUUGAUCUGACGGUUCAUCCUCCAUGUCACUUCCUGUGGCUCUGUCCCUCCCCUUUGAGCCUCUUCCUGUUUUGGGCAGUGCCACUUUGCGUGGCAAAGCCCCUCACACUAGCAUUAACUUCAUGCACUGAGCAAGUCAACUUCUUCUAACCCCACCUCUACCUGGCCAAGCCCACUUCCUGUCUCAUCACCCCUCCUGCCAGUAUCUACUUCCUGUUUUGGGAAAAUCAGCUUCCUGUGGGCCCCGCCUCUUGCUCUCAGUCUCUAUUUCCUGUUAUGGUAAUGCCAACUUCCUUUUU